AUGUCGGCGUUGUCUUUGAGCACUCCGAUUGUAACUAACGCCAGAGUUUCCUCCACAAGAAGAACGCGCGUGAGUAGCAUAAAAGCCUCCUGCUCCAAAUCGUCGUCGAUCACAUUGCAGGGUGCGCCGUUGAAGGGCUUGAAAAUGGCCACGCAAAGAAACCAAUACUCGGUGUUGAUGCAAACGCCGCCGUCGAGAGGCAAAUUGCAAGUUCAAGCCGCUGGUGUCCCGAAAGCCGCUCCGGGAGAGAAGAAGCAAGUUUUUGGCAUCAACUUGCCGGACAACGAAGGGUUGUCCUUUUUGAUUCUCGCCUCUGGUUCUCUCGGUUCCGCGUUGGGCUUCGCCGCCUUGCAAGAAGGCGUUUUCCGCAUCCCGGGCUUUAAGUUUUCCGCGUGGAUGACCGUGUUGACCACGUUCACGUACUUUUUAUGCGGUGCUUUGGAAAUGAAGCUCACUAAAGACUCUAGAAAAGGUUCUUGGAAGAACUACGGCAUCUUGUCCGUCUAUACCUACGGCGGCAUGGCCUUGACCAACUACGCCUUGUCCUACUUGAACUACGCGACGAGAAUCGUCUUUAAGUCUGCCAAGAUCAUCCCAGUCAUGGCAUUCUCCGUCAUGAUCGUCGGCAAGAAGUACAACUGGAAGGAAUGGUUGUCUGCCGCCAUCUUGGUUGCCGGUAUCGUUCUCUUCACCUUGGGUGACGUCGCGUCUUCCCCGGCGUUCGCGCCGAUUGGCGUUGCGUUGAUUGCCGGUGCGUUGUGUGUUGACGCCAUCUGCGCCAACUUCGAAGAAAAGAACUUUUUCAGAUGUGAAACGCCGUCCACGACGCAAGAGGUCUUGUGCUACGCGUCUUUGAUUGGUACCGUCUACGGUUUGAUUCCGUUGGUUGCGUCUGGUGGUUUGAACGCCGCGAUUGCGCACUCCAUGCAAUACACGCAAGUCGUCCCGAUGAUCAUGGGCUUCUCCGUCAUGGGCUACUCCUCUGUCUCCUUCAUUUUGUCCUUGAUCAAGUACUUUGGCGCCACGGAAGCUGAAAUUGUGAAAUCUUUACGUAAGGUUUUGUCCAUCGUCAUCUCCUUCAUGCUCUUCCCGAAAGAGUUGAACUGGAAGUACAUCGCCGGUUUUGGCGCCGUCCUCGUCUCCACCGUUUACACUUUCUAUUUGAAGGACCAAAAGAACAAGGCCAAAGCGGCUGCCAAAGCCGCCGAAGGGUCUGCUUAA